GCAUAUCACCCCUGAAAAGUUUUAUGUGGAAGCUUGUGAUGAUGGAGCGGAGGAUGUCCUUACCAUUGACCGUGUGUCCACAGAGGUCACCGUCGCAGUCAAGAAAGAUGUCCCUCCUUCAGCUGUCACAAGACCAAUAUUUGGUAUCCUGGGCACAAUCCAUUUGGUGGCAGGUAAUUAUCUAAUUGUCAUUACCAAAAAGACAAAAAUAGGUGAAUUUUUCAAUCAUGUAAUCUGGAAAGCAACAGAUUUUGAUGUCCUUUCUUAUAAGAAGACAAUGUUGCACCUAACUGAUAUUCAGUUACAAGAUAAUAAAACCUUCCUAGCAAUGCUUAACCAUGUCUUGAGCGUGGAUGGGUUUUACUUUUCAACCACGUAUGAUCUGACCCAUACUCUGCAACGACUGUCGAACACUAGUCCAGAAUUCCAGGAGAUGAGUCUCUUGGAAAGGGCAGAUCAGCGGUUCGUAUGGAACGGUCAUCUUCUCAGAGAACUUUCUGCUCAGCCCGAGGUCCACCGGUUUGCCCUGCCAGUGCUGCAUGGCUUUAUUACCAUGCAUUCGUGCUCUAUUAACGGAAAAUGCUUUGAUUGGAUUCUCAUCUCGAGGAGGAGUUGCUUCAGAGCCGGGGUCCGCUAUUAUGUCCGAGGCAUCGACUCCGAAGGCCACGCGGCUAACUUUGUGGAGACGGAGCAGAUGGUGCACUACGGCGGGAGCCGUGCCUCCUUCGUGCAGACUCGAGGAUCAAUUCCUAUUUUCUGGUCGCAAAGACCAAACCUGAAGUAUAAGCCGCUGCCGCAGAUCAACAAAGUGGCGAAUCACAUGGACGGUUUCCAAAGGCACUUCGACUCCCAAGUCAUCACUUACGGAAAACAGGUCAUCAUCAAUCUGGUUAACCAGAAGGGUUCAGAGAAGCCCCUCGAACAAACGUUUGCAAGCAUGGUGUCUUCCUUGGGAAGUGGCAUGAUCAGAUACGUAGCCUUUGACUUCCAUAAGGAAUGUAAGAAAAUGAGAUGGGAUCGACUAAGUAUUUUAUUGGAUCAAGUAUCAGAAAUGCAAGAUGAAUUAAGUUAUUUUCUAGUGGACUCCGCAGGCAAGGUGGUGGCCAGCCAGGAGGGGGUGUUCCGCAGCAACUGCAUGGACUGCCUGGACAGGACCAACGUGAUCCAGAGCCUGUUGGCGCGGCGCUCCCUGCAGGCCCAGCUCCAGAGACUCGGAGUUUUACACGUGGGACAGAAGAUUGAAGAACAAGAUGAAUUUGAGAAGAUUUACAAAAAUGCCUGGGCUGACAAUGCAAAUGCUUGUGCCAAGCAGUAUGCGGGGACCGGUGCCUUGAAGACCGACUUCACCAGAACUGGGAAGCGAACUCAGUGGGGCCUGGUAAUGGAUGGCUGGAACUCCCUGAUACGGUAUUACAAGAACAACUUCUCUGACGGCUUUAGGCAGGACUCCAUCGACUUGUUUCUCGGGAACUAUUCAGUGGACGAGUUAGAGUCUCAUAGCCCUUUGAGUGUCCCGAGGGACUGGAAGUUCCUGGCCUUGCCCAUCAUCAUGGUGGUCGCCUUCUCCAUGUGCAUCAUCUGUCUGCUGAUGGCCGGUGACACCUGGACAGAGACGCUGGCCUACGUGCUCUUCUGGGGAGUGGCCAGCAUCGGGACGUUCUUUAUCAUUCUUUUCAACGGCAAGGAUUUUGUCGACGCUCCCAGAUUGGUCCAAAAAGAAAAGGACCCGAAUUCAGCUUAAGGAUGGAGGGGAUCUCUUCACUGUCAAUUGAAUCAACUAUUGCAGAGUCCAAAGCCGCCUCUGGUCAGGGUGGGCCCCGGGGAGACGCCCCUGGCUGGCCGCCGCCUCCUCCAGGACACCACUCGACUUCUUCGGGGUCACGCCUCCAGGCCGGCCGGCCUCCAAGGACGCCUUGUGCUCAGUCGGCACUGCACUUGGGGACAGCAGCUGCUUUUCCACGCUCCCACUGUCAGGGUUUGGUCGGCCUUCAGUAAGUGUGUGGCAGAUUCAGUGCUUCCGGGUAGUCCUAGCUCUCCAGACCAAGGACCAACUUAAACUUUCACUUAUGCGAAACCUGGAAAUGCGCUUCAGAAGCCAUGCGUAGUCUAACUGUAAGUCAGAUUGUAUAUUCAAAUUGUCAUUAUGCAGUUGAAAUUAGGCCUUCCGUGAGGUAGUAUAAUUGACACUAUUCUAAAACAAACACUGCUACGAUGUUUCGGUGUGUGCUUAAAAAUACGUACAGUCUUCCCAAUAGUAGCCUCUUAUGUUGUCCUUAAAUAUUUCUAAAAGCGCCUUUAAUUUCAACAUUACCUUUUUUCAACAUUAUUUUUUAUAUAAUAAGAGUUGUUGCUUUUAAAAACCCUAAAGCAAACAAUAGCUGGAAAACGCUCCUUAGCUUAAGAUCUGUCAUUAACCCCCCAGUAGGGUCAGGGAAGGGCUGCCUGUCCUUAACUUGUAAAUAAGCAUAACUCGUUCCAAAGAUGGCUGUCGAGGCUGAGCUCCUGCCCGCGUCCUGCGCGGUUCCAGUGCGCGAGGGCUUCCCGGCAGGGCCUUGGGUCUCUGCGGCAAGGCCACACCUGGCCUGCGGCGUGGUGCCCCGCAGGGGCGGGCCUGCCGCUGCGUCUGCUCCUGAGUUGUCACGGUUUCAAGAAUCUGAAUGAUUUUAUUUCUGAAUUCAUGUACUGUACAUUCAGAAGUAGAAAUAAAAUGUCAUAUUCUUUUCUAACUAC